AAAUCACUUGCAUUUUAUUAAAUAUAUAAAGAAUAUACUCUAAGGAAAACUAUGAUAGCAAUCUCUACGCUCGGAGAUCCCUGCGGGAUGAUCCCUGUAAUUGAGAGGAUUUACCCCAAAGCCUCGGAGUUGUCUGAGAUUCUCAAUUACAACCCUUGUCCCGAAUGUGGAGAAGUGUUUCACAAUCCCCCCAAUCUAGAAAUGCAUCUGUCAAAGUAUCAUGGACGAGAGAGCGCACGGCCCCCGCCACCCCCCUGCCCAGUCAUCCGCCAGUACUACUGUCCAGUGGUGGGCUGCAAGUACAGUGGACACUUCAACCAAGAACUGGGCAUCAAGUACUUCACACAGCACAAGUAUUUGAAACAGCAUUAUAUAAAAGUUCACAUGGAGAAAAAAUUUGUGUGCGACCAGUGCGGUAAGGGGUUUGCUACGCUGCAGCUGAGACGACGACACCUGGAAGAGUGUGGGGUUAAGUUUGUGUGCUCGUGCGGGGCCGAAUACAACACUAUUGCUGCGCUACUCACCCACGCCUCGCGCAAACGACAUACGUUCAUCAAAUCAUGGUCGGCUGUCAGGACUCGCAAGACCGAAAAAAAUGAUAAUCUAGGACCUGUAGCAGCGGCUAAGCCUAGCGCGAUACUGCCAAAGUGCGACUCAAUGGUGGCCACGGCAGCAGUAGCCCUUGGUGGGGUCGUCCUUUCGAGUCACAAAAGUGUCGACAUUGCAGUGCAGACGGAGCCUACCUCCCAACGGAGACGGAGGAACACCUCUCGGCAAACACAGACGGGUGAAAAAAGAACAAGAAUAUCAUCGCAAACGCAGACAGUGGGAGAUGUGAAGAAGAACAUGAAUCGCCGAAGGAAGAAAAGUAUGGAAACUCAAACUAAGGUAUCAGAGCCCACCUCUACUGUGACGAGCGAGGAGUCAUUUGCUGUCAAAGACAUCGGCCUGUGGCUCUGUUCAGGAACACAGACCUCUGCCAUGUUUGAUAGCUCAGAACCCCUGCCUACCCUGAGCGGUAAUCUGUUUGACGAGACUGAGAACAUCACCAACACAGACAAGUCCAGCUACUUCGACAUAGACACCAAUUCCACCGACAGGCUGUUCUCGUCAAUUAUCAAAAAUGAAGACGACAGCAAAUCCUGCAGUAUCGAAACACAAACGGAGUUUUCUAUAGAGUCUCUGUUUGAAAAUUUCACUGAUAUUUCAAACAUUGAAACGCAAACUCACGAGUUGUGGGAUACCUGUACACAAACUUGCGACGACAUUCUACUCGGGUUCUCGGAUAUUGAGACGCAGACCGAUGUGUACGGUGAUCGCCACUAGUUAUUAGACUUAGUUACCUCCAAGUUACCAUUCACUUGUCUAGUUGUAGUUUCGUGAUCUGCACAACAUUCUUUGUUAGUUUUAAUCGAUAACUUGUUGUAUUUAACAGUUCUCAAACAUAUAAUCCUGGGUGGAUGAUGUAAUCACUAUAAGUAAAUCAAGUAACAGGAUUCAUGGUUUUUACUAUACAGGCCUGUCUGAAAAUAACUUGUCCCUACCAUGCAAGCUUUAUGCAUUGAUUAAUUUUUAAUAGAUGUUCAAUGUUUUGUUAUUAAUUAUUGUUAACGCCUAGUCAGUUAAUUCUUCGUUGGAAGUUAGUUUUUGGUGAAGGUAAGUUUAAGUGAUAUAAGAGAUUAUUGCAGAAAAUUUUUAACACGAUUAAUAUAAAAAGUAGUCAAGUUUACAAGUGUUGGCGCUUAUUAUUCCUGUUUCGGGUUUUCGCUGUGGUGGAAUAAUAUAGUUGAUGUAGCAAACUGUUAAUUUUCUAGGCAAUCUAAACUUAUUUUUGAUCUUGGUGCUAUAAGUAGUUACAUAAUUGUUAGAUGUGUAUUUGUAGAAGUAUUCUACUGGUAGUUCUUGUCAGUAAGUAGUUGUUAGUGUUGCAUGUAGUAACUCCUUUGUUUGAAAUUUAUUGUUGGUGAUGGUGAGUUAAUGUUGUUCAAAGGUUUAUUGUGGACAUUUACCAUCACGAUGGUAAACAAACAAUACAAAACGUUUCGAGAUCUGGAAUCUGAUCCCGUCCUCAGGUGAAAAAACUUAUCUUGCACAUUACAACUUACAAUUAACAAUACACAAACGCCCAACUUAAGUUGGAAUACACUAGAGAGAGUAGCAGUAAAAAAAUAUGCACUGUAUAGCAGUCAAGUCAUGAUAAUCUAGAUAGUCUCUGUAGUGUAUUCCAACUUUGGUUGGGUGUUUGUGUAUUUUAGUUGUAAUGUGUUACUUAGUAAAGUUUUUUCACCUGUGGAUGGGAUCAGAUUCCAGAUCCCGAAAUGUUGUGUAUUGUUUUUUACCAUCGUGAUGGAAAAUGUCCACAAUAAACCUUUGUACAACAUGUAGUAACUAUUAUUUUACAUGGACUGAAUAGGCUAUUCGUACAAGAUAAAAUGUAAUUGAUUCAUAUGUAAUUAACACCCGCUUUUUAUUUGAGGGUGAUUUUCCAUAAGUUGUUUCGAACACUUUAAGAGUUGCAUCAUUAUAUUGUGCUGUAUCAUGUAAAGGAUUUUUAGAAUUCUGUAUAGUAACUAACUUAUUUGUCGCUCUACUAAGGUAUUUUCAAAGAAGUAUUACAAUGUUAUUUAGUCUACUUUAAAAUUUCCUCCUAAGAAGCUUAGUGAUAAACACAUUUAAUAAACCUAUUCUAUUAUAGAUGAAAUACACAGUUAACAAAAUUUACUUCACUUGUUGGUUGCAGCUAGUAUUCACAUUGCGAUAGAAAUUCAUCUAUUUGUGACGGAAAAUGGAUUGGAGAAGUAUCUGUAAGUAGGCCUAAUUGAAAUUAAUAUUCCAAUUGUUCAUUUUUAUGGAAAUAGUUAUUUGUGUAACUAGUGUGCGAAGAGACACUUUGCUGCACAUGAGAGAAAUGUGUGGAAAGUUUCUCGAGUGCAGCAAAGGCACUUUGCCCGCGGUUACACAUUAUAUUUUUCCUACAGUUCCUACAAAGCAUAUGAAUAAUUAGUCUUUCAAAUACUAAACAACACGUUUUAGGUUAGAUAAAAUCCAAGCGUUAGAACGAAAUGGGAAACAAUGCACCAGCUGAUUGUAGUCGUAAUAUCUUUAAGUGUUGUCGACUUAUUUUCAAGCGUACACAUAAUGCGUGCCUAACAAAAGCACACUGUUUUGCGUUGUUUGGUUGGAACACUGGAGUGCCGAAAAAGAAAUGAGUGCGGCAAAAGUAAGUAAAUGCAGCGAUUAGCUACUUCGCGUACUAUAAUCAGUGCAAGGAAGCCUGAGUUAUCUGGUAACUGUGGGAAAAUAAAGUUUAUUUUGUUUUUUUCAUCACCUUAUUUGAUUUAAUUUCAUUUCUUACUACAAUAAAAAUGUUAGUUUUAAUAUGAUUUACAUUUCCUCGGUCCUUCUUAGAAGAGGCAAACUUGUGCUUCAAGUGUUUCAACUGAUAUAUAGUGUCAUAGCUACAUAAUCUAUUUUCAGUGAAUUUCCCUAUAUGGAAGUAGCUAUUACCGUAGGUCUCCUGGUAAUUUUUUUUUAUCUCAGUUAAACCGUACACAAAAUAGUAAAAAUACUCUUGUAGUUUGAACUACUCCUUGCCUCUGCCAGUAUUUUUAUUUUGUUACUUUGAAUUUUGAUGCAUAAUGUGUUUUUAUAUAUUUAUUUUGUUUAUUAAAAUUAUGAAAUUUACUGAAAUAGAACAAACCUCUCUGGUGAAAGUUUACAAAUAAUGAAGCAAAAUACUUUUUUAAGGCAAAAAAAUAGCAUUCUAGCGGCUUGGUGAUAUAGGAAUAUAUAUUAUUACAAUUCAAUUUUGCCAAGAUCGCAUAAUUUUACAGUUGUAGAUAGUAAAUUAUUACUGUAAUGUUGUAAAUAUUUCAGAUAAAAAUUGUAUACAUAAAAUCUUCUAUAGCUAUUUCUCAAAUAAUUUACUUCAGUGAAAGUAAUAAAAUAAGCUAAGCUUAAUUUAAAAUGUUAUUUUUUACAUUAAUCUUUUACUUCUCGGCCAGUUCUAGUCCUCGCCACCCUAACUUUUGAGGCAGCCCAAGGACGCACACCGUAUAUCUAGUGCGGCCUUGGGCUGCCUCAAGUUAGGGUGGCGAGGACUACCCCAUUUGCUUAUACUUUUCACAGCUUAAAAUAUUAUGUGCCUAAUAUAAGUUUGUACUUACUUUGUAAGAUCAUUUACAAUAUUCAAUUCUGGAUCUCAUAAUAUUUAAGAUGAAUCUACUAUUUUUAUAGUUUAUAUUUAUUUAUUUUGUAAGUUAUUUAGUGUCUAUUAGUUUAUAUAUAUACAGUAUAUAAUACUUUUUUCUGCUGGUGUUUUGUCUAAGAAAACUCAAGGUCUAAUGUAGAUUUAGUGUUAAAAACCAUCAGUUUAUCUGUGGUAAAUAUUAAUAAAAAAAUAAUGUUUUUUUUUAUGUUAUGUCAGAUCACACAUUAUUAUUUACAGUUUAGCAAUUUUAGAAAUGAAUUAAUGAGAAUAAAAUGUAUUAGGAACAAUUUUGAGGUUUUGCUAACUUAGGCUAUCUGAAGAAAAAUAUCUUAAAAAUAUAGCCUAACCAAAGGAUUAAUUAAGUACAACCAUAGAUAAAACAUACUCCCUUAGUAGAUUUCUCAUCCUAAUGGAACAGCUGAAGACAAUUUUAUUGUUAGUUCUGUACGGUUUAUGUUAGAGGUCGUGUUUUGUUUACAAUUUGUUUCCCGUUAAUACAGUCAUCUAAAACCUCGUUUAACCAAAUAAUACGAUCUAAUCAUAAACAAUAAAUUGUCCCCUAGUUAUUUAACCAAACAGUAAAGCACAAAUCAAGAAAUUAACCCUAAAAUAAUAUAAACAAAAUUUCGUCGACACUAGCGCCCAGUGUGGCGUACAUGAACUAGACAUGAAAAACGAGCUUCAAAAUUUACAAUGGGAUGAGAAGUCUACUUGUGUUGGUUAGUCUAUGGUACAACUAACCAUGAAGUGUGUUUGGUCCAAAUCACACAUUAGAUAAACUGAUUGUUUUAUUGUUCUAAGUUGUUGUGUUCAUAUUUAUAAAUACAAAUAGUUAUAUAGUUUAAUUUUAGCAAAUUUCCCAUAUAGGGAAUAUGGUAUUACCGUAGGGCUAUUGGUAAUACUUAGAGCCGGGACCGAUUGAAUUUUUUUGUUGUGAGGUCUACAGAGGCCAAAAACACCCUCUGUUCAAAUUCACACACACACACACAUAUAUAUGUGUGUCCAUUAACGUGAUAACUCAAGCAAAAUCGUUUAUAUUUUGAUGAAAUUUGGUACAAACAUGUAUCAUUUGUUUACAUACAAACAUUUGUUUGAACGAGUCCGUGAACCAGCAUGAUCAAUCAUGCAAUGGCUAACAGGGACUAACACUAUACGGGGUUUUAUGAGGUAAAAAUUGUUUUUCCCAUUUUUAACCCUCAAAACAUAAGAUUUUGCAAUUUCUUUCUAAGCCAUUUACUAGAGCUUAAAAUAAAAAUAACUUAGUAUAUUACAGCGUUGUAGUUUUCCUACAGAGAUAAUUCAAAAAAUCUAUAUCUAUAAAAGAGGAACUAUGUAUGUAUAAGCAUUAUAACUAUGUAUGUACCUUAUUUAUGGACUCCGAAACCACUUGACAGAUUGUUAUGAAACUUUCAGGCAUUAUUAUGCAUUAUUCUAGGAUGGUUUGUGUGAAUUUUGGGGCAUAUCCGUCAAAAGGGCUCCGCCCCAGAGGGUUUUAAUUGGGCCAAUGUCAAAUUGUAAAUUAAAAAUGUCCAUGUUAUUCUUAUGGAGGAUAAAUGAAAUUUUGUAGUUUGCUUGUUUAUGGAUAUAUUGUUGUCAAAUUUAGCAAUUUUGUUUAUUUCCUACUAAGCUAUCAACAUUUCAAUAAGAAAACACACUUCAUUACCUUCCCUGUAGCAGCAAACCUAAGUACUCAUUAAAAUUAAUGUUAUUUAAAUAGGAAAUAAAUCUGACAAUUUUAAAAGAAUAUUUUAGUAGAAAUCCGGUAGGUAAAUGGAAGGUUUGCUGCGGCAGGGGUAUUUGUUAUAACUGCAGCCGAAAGUGGGAAAAUACCACUGCAGGUUUUUGAGAUUUGACUUCAGUGUAUAUUUUUGGGGAUUUUCAACUGAAUGUGCCAUUCAAGCAGACAUUAUAAUGUUACUUAUUUUUUUGUAAGUUUCCCUCUACUCAGACUUUGAGAUACCGAGUGUAUAAAAAUUUGUAAUGUAUGGUAAAACUAAAACUUCAAGAAAUGCUCUACAAACUGAGCUUUUAUUUUAAAUCAUCGGAUGUUUGAAUUACCAAGAGUAGACUGUACUCUUAAAAAAACAAUAUGCGAUUUUAAAAGCUGUACCAUUGUGGAACAAAACAUAAUUAUUAAUUCUUCAUGAAUUUAAAUACUACCUAUCAAUUUACUAGAUAGCAUUGUACAGUAUAACUGAACUAUCAAUAUAAAUAUAACUUAUCUAUCUACAUUUACCAUUGACUAUUGGGUACUGAAGUAGUUGUAUUAAUAGUAAAAGAUUGUACUUAAAAUAUUUUUCUUCUUUCCUUUCUAACACGAUAACUACUCUUCUAAUCACAUAAAAAUUAGAUUAACGUGAAUUCAUUGUACUUAGACGUAUAGACAUAUUUUAUGUUGUAUUCUCGUUAAUACACCAAAGUUCUGCUAAUUUGAACGUCCGGACAAUCCAAACCACCUGUUGGGGAGAAAAGAUUUCUGUAUUUCAAUUAAAACAAACUAAUGUGUUCUGAAAUAUGAACCAGGAUCUUCACCCAACUGGAGAACUGGAGACUGAGAAAACCAGGAAUUGUCUUUGAAUUUUGUUUUUAACGAUCGCCAACACAUGGUAGCAUCAAUGUGUCCGUUCAUCAAUGACAUUCUGUUUGGUCUCGUUUAAAGCUGCCAUGUUCUAAGAAGAAUAUUAUAAGAAGUGAUCAGUGAUCAUAGGUCCAUGAUUGCGGGAAACGAUCACAAUGUUUUCUUGACGCAGGAGACGAUCACGAUGUUGUAAUCCCAUGAGCAAUAUAAGAGCAUUUAACAAAAGAGAGCUACAUAAAAAUACAUAGUUUUGAGUUGUUGUGUAAUUUUACAGCUAAUGCAAAUAGGGUCUCGUCCCAGUUUGUUCAGAUUAGCUGGACUCUGCUGUAUUUAACACGUCAAAGGUGUUUAAUGUAUAUUGUAUUGUAUAAUUAUUGGUAAUUGUUGAUACAUAUUUUUUCUUCAGAUCAUUGUCAUAUCAGCUGAUUUGAUUUCCAUUUCUGUGCCAACUUUACCGCUCAUAAACUCCGUCCUAUCCAGCUGUUCCUGAUUCAAUAAAUG